AAGAGAAACGCUCCAAAGAGAAAUCAAAGCAGAACUACAUGGCGGCAAACAUGGGAAAACAUGACCCGUCUCAGCAGAGCAGUGUCCCGGAUGCUGUUGCUGCAACAUCUUCAGCCUCACCACCAAAGGCUGAAAAAACUAAAAAAACAAAGAAGACAUGGAUAAAUUGCCUCUGGGGUCUCUUUCAGAAGGACUGUGAUUCUGUUGCAGAGGCCAGUGAGACCACUGCACCGCAGUCAAAGAAACGGUCCAACUGGCAUUUUAAAUUCUGGAAGAAAAACAAUCGGGUCAGUCCAGCAUUUGAGUCCGAGUCCAAGUCUGAGCCUGAGUCCGAGUGCCAGCAUGAGUCCAAGUCUGAGUCCAAGUCCGAGGAGUCUGAGGAGUCCGAGUCUGAGUCCGAGUCCAAGUCUGAGUCCACGUCUGAGUCCGAGUCCGAGGACUCCGAGUCUGAGUCCGAGGAGUCCAAGUCUGAGUCCACGUCUGUGUCCGAGUCCGAGUCCGAGGAGUCCGAUUCUGAGUCCGAGUCCGAGGAGUCCGAGUCCGAGUCCGAGUCCUCCAAUGAAGAUGGUGCACCUACCAAAGCAGAAACACUGCCUACACUGCAGGACCAACACCCUGCAACACCCCCCGCGUUUACAUCCUCUUUUUUGGAAGGUGGAAAAAGGAUAUUCAUCAAGGUCAACUCUAACGACCCUUUUGGGUUUCCAAAUAUCGGAAACAGCUGCUACAUGAACUCCUGCCUGCAGAGCCUCCUCAGCAUACAGGAUUUCAUUGGCGAUAUCAGCUGCCAGGAGGAUUUGUGGAGUUCAGUUCCUGAAGCUCAGCUCUUAAGGCGACUCAUUGACAUCAGGGACUGCCGUAAAUCGACAGAUUACAGCGUUAAAAACAGCCGCCUCUGGUCCUUUAAGUGUGCAUUCGCAACCUAUGCUUUAGACUACGGAGACAGUCUACAGAAAGAUGCUCAUGAGUUCUUAAUGUUGCUGGUGAAUCAAAUCCAAAUGAUGUCCCCUCACCUGCAGCAGCAUGCAGCUGUCUUGGGCCAAAGUUACACCUGCCCAGUGGAAGGCAACUUCUUUUUCCAAAUGGAAAACACGAGGACAUGCAAGAGUUGUGGAGUCCAGUCAUCACACAAGGAGGGCUUCACAAGUUUAUCGUUAGACCUCGUUCCAGAAGGCUCCAUCAUGGGCAUGUUAGAGGCAUACCUGAAGGAAAAAGAGUUAGAGUUUAGGUGUGAAUGCGGAGGGAUGAUAUCGGGACUGGAGUCAUCCUUUGAUAGCCUGCCAAGAGUUUUAAUCUUGCAUCUCAAGAGGUUUUGCAUUACUCCAUCUUACAAUCUGGAGAAGCUGCAUAACCCCAUCUGGCUGCAGAGGGACUUGAUAGUUUCAUCCAAAGAGGAUGGUGCGUGCUUUAGUCUGGUUAGCAUCAUAAACCAUUAUGGAAGCACAGAAAUGGGACACUACACCUGCAAUUCAGUCCAUCCCGAAGAAAGGCCAGAAAGUACAAGAGACUGGUGGCUCACUUUUAAUGAUGCACAAGUCUCUGAAACAACUGGAUUCGACGUCUGCGAGCAACAGCAGCGUUUGGCCUACAUCCUGUUUUACAAGAGAAUUGUUUAGAGUGCCAAAAUGCAGAGUAUCAGGCUACAGGUUGGGGAAGAACGAAGAUCCGAAACCAUCGUUAUUGACCCCCUGGAACAACUACUGCUAGCCCCUACCCUUAGGAGGAUGGGUAUUCCCCCAGAGAGCCUGGUUCCUCCCAAGAUUUCUUCCUCCAAGAGGGAGUUUUUUUUCUUGCCACUGUCGCCCCACAUUCACUGUUACAGAGAACAAACCAUCUAUUGAUAAGAGAA